AUUUUUCCUUUCCUUUUCAGGGAGUAAUAUGUGGGAGGCUGUGGACUAUUUGCUUCCGACAUAGGAACAGCACUGGGUUGGGAAUCUGAAACUCCUGAGAGAAUGCUGGGAAUCUGCAGAGGGAGGCGGAAAUUCCUGGCUGCCUCUCUGACCGUCCUCUUCGUGCCAGCCAUAACGUGGAUUUAUCUGUUUGCUGGGAGUUUUGAAGAUGGGAAGCCAGUGUCGCUGUCUCCACUUGAAUCCCAGCCCCACAGCCCUCGUUACACGGCCUCCAGCCAGCGGGACCGCGAGAGCCUGGAGAUCCGCAUGCGGGAGGUGGAGGAGGAGAACCGUGUGCUCCGUAAGCAGCUCAGCCUGGCGCAGGGCCGCGGCCCCUCACACCACCGUGGCAACCACUCCAAAACCUACUCCAUGGAAGAGGGGACGGGCGAUAGUGAGAGCCUGCGGGCUGGCAUUGUGGCUGGGAACAGCUCUGAGUGCGGGCAGCAGCCAGCGGUGGAAAAAUGUGAGACCAUCCAUGUUGCCAUUGUUUGUGCAGGGUAUAAUGCCAGUCGAGAUGUUGUCACACUCGUCAAGUCCGUCUUAUUUCACAGGCGAAACCCACUCCACUUCCACCUCAUCGCAGAUGCAAUUGCCAAGCAGAUCCUUGCGACUCUGUUCCAGACUUGGAUGGUCCCUGCUGUGCGCAUAGACUUCUAUGAUGCAGAUGAACUCAAGGUAAAGACAAACACAGCUGUUACUCAUGCACUUCUGGUUUCAUUUCUUUUCAUUCGUCUGGACUGGGGAGUUGAAGGAGAAUUGCAUUGUUCCUGGCUAAAAAUAAUCCUAACCACAUGUCUGUUAAUCUCAGUUACACGUAACUAGAAGAUAGUGAUUUGC